CCCGCCGGCAUCCUUGGCUCGACUUCCUUCUGCAGCGGGCGGCUGGCCCAGCUGGAGGAAGCGGCGGCGGCGGCCACGAUGAGUGCGGGCGACGCAGUGUGCACCGGCUGGCUCGUUAAGUCGCCCCCCGAGAGGAAGCUACAGCGCUACGCCUGGCGCAAGCGCUGGUUUGUCCUCCGGCGAGGCCGCAUGAGCGGCAACCCCGAUGUCUUGGAGUACUACAGGAACAAGCACUCCAGCAAGCCGAUCCGGGUAAUAGACCUCAGCGAGUGUGCAGUGUGGAAGCAUGUGGGCCCCGGCUUUGUUCGGAAGGAAUUUCAGAAUAAUUUCGUGUUCAUUGUCAAGACUACUUCCCGUACAUUCUACCUGGUGGCCAAAACUGAGCAAGAAAUGCAGGUGUGGGUGCACAGCAUCAGUCAGGUCUGCAACCUUGGCCACCUGGAGGAUGGCGCAGCAGAUUCCAUGGAGAGCGUCUCUUACACACCCUCCUCCCUGCAGCCAUCCUCUGCCAGCUCCCUUCAUACCGCCCAUGCUGCCAGCUCCUCCUUGCCAAGAGAUGACCCAAACACUAAUGCUGUAGCCACUGAGGAAACAAGAAGUGAGUCAGAGCUUCUCUUCCUUCCAGAUUAUCUGGUUUUGUCCAACUGUGAGACUGGAAGACUGCACCAUACCAGUCUACCCACCAGAUGUGAUAGCUGGUCAAACUCAGACCGUUCAUUGGAACAGGCUUCAUUUGAUGACGUUUUUGUUGACUGCCUGCAGCCGCUCCCGUCCAGUCAUUUGGUCCACCCCUCAUGCCAUGGCAAUGGAGCUCAGGAGGUGCCAUCCUCGAGGCCUCAGCCUGCCCUGAUCUGGAGUAGAGAAAUCAAUGGGCCACCCAGGGACCACUUGUCUUCUUCACCAUUGCUGGAAAGUUCCUUAAGUUCCACCAUUCAGGUAGAUAAAAAUCAAGGUUCCUUACCCUGUGGAGCAAAAGAACUAGACAUUAUGUCCAACACUCCACCUCCCCGCCCCCCUAAGCCAAGCCAUCUGUCUGAACGGCGCCAAGAGGAGUGGAGUACACACAGUGGCAGCAAGAAGCCAGAAUGCACUCUGGUUCCAAGAAGAAUCUCUCUCUCUGGUUUAGACAACAUGAGAACCUGGAAAGCUGAUGUAGAAGGCCAAUCCUUAAGACACCGAGACAAGCGACUUAGUUUAAAUUUGCCAUGCAGGUUCUCCCCAAUGUACCCCACAGCUUCAGCCAGUAUCGAAGACAGCUAUGUGCCCAUGAGCCCCCAGGCUGGUGCCUCUGGUCUUGGACCCCACUGCAGCCCUGAUGACUACAUUCCAAUGAACUCAGGAAGCAUCUCAAGCCAGUUGCCUGAGCUACCUGCAGACCUGGAACCUCCCCCAGUGAAUAGAGAUCUCAAGCCUCAGAGGAAACCACGGCCACCUCCUCUGGACCUGAGAAACCUCUCCACUAUCCGGGAACAUGCAUCUCUUACCAGGACCCGCACUGUGCCUUGCAGUCGAACCAGCUUUCUCUCUCCAGAAAGAAAUGGUAUUAAUUCUGCAAGAUUUUUUGCUAAUCCUGUUUCCAGAGAAGAGGAAGAAAGCUACAUCGAAAUGGAGGAGCACCGAACAACCAGUUCCCUGAGCAGUGGUGCUCUUAUGUGGACAAAGAAAUUCAGCCUAGAUUAUUUGGCCCUGGACUUCAAUUCAGCAUCACCAGCCCCCAUGCAGCAGAAACUUCUCCUUUCAGAAGAACAAAGAGUAGACUAUGUCCAAGUGGAUGAGCAGAAGACACAGGCUCUCCAGAGCACAAAACAGGAGUGGACGGAUGAGAGGCAAUCCAAAGUAUGAGAAACAGGGAAACUUGGGGCUCAGUUUGAGUUUUUUCUAUUUUUUUCUUUUCAACUAAAAACACACUGAUGGUCAACACAGGUCAAAACCAAGAGAGACUGUGUAGUUUUCAAGGUCUUGGCCAGAACCUUUAGGAAAGAAGACCUCUUUAUACAUUGAAGGAACAAAAGAAGGAAGCAGUUCCCUUCCUGAGGGGGCUCUGAGAGAAUCUAGCCUCCUCCCUGUCUUAUCGGAGCAAAGAUUGGAGUGAGUGUUGUGACCAACAGGAUUUUAUUGUUUGACUCCAAUACCUGAAAUUCUGACCUGUCUCCUGUGCUUCAAUGAGAAUGAUAAAUUAUCCUAGCAAAGGGGCCUCUGGAGCCCAUCUUGUUCCAGCCUCUGAAGACAGUUGAGGAGAUCAAGCCCAGUGAUGGUGGCAAAAUCUUACUCCAAGGACUUCAGCAGACUAGUCAUGUCAAUCCCCAAAGAAAGACAAGUGACAGGGGCAAUGGAUCUCAGGCUCUGAGAUAAGUAUAUCAGAUGACACUGGUGGCUCUAAGGACAUUGCAAUUAAGCAGCUACCUGUAGCCAGGUAUUCUGCUGCACUUGGCCUUUUCCCAUGCACCGUCUCAUGUCUUCUCUGAAAGACCUUGGAAGAUAGGCAUGGAAGAGACUGUUGAUGCCACUUUGAAGAAAAGAACACUGAGAACUAGAGGAGGGAAUGCUUUGCCCAAGAUUAUCACAAAGCCAAGACCCAGAGUCCGGCUUAGAAUACAGUUGUCCAGGCUGCCAAUUGCAAACUCAUUCCUCUACCUCAUACUUCCUCUGAGGAUUUUGACAAAAUGGAUUAAUUGGGUGAGCCUUGGAGACAUGUGGGAAACACCUGCAGACACAAAAUGUGUAGGGAUCUGAACAGUUUUGAUACUUGAAAGGUGUGCAUGUCAAGUGAGGGUUUCUUCGUGCGAUGUUCAACUGGAACUCUAUCAUCAGUAGUUACGAUUAGAAAUACCUACUGAUGGUCAAUCUGAAGGCCAUUCUCAUGGUCCCCUAUGCAGUGUGUUUCCCUGUGAGCUGGCUAAUGCUAGCAGAGGAAUUUUUACCACCUUGGGGAAGGCGUAGGUUGUCCCUGGCUAUCCUAUAAUGGGCCCAAGCUUUGGAGUGAUAGAGAAAAAUGACCAGGAAAAACCUAUGAAUUCCAUUCUUAGGUUUCCCAGCCAAUUGCUCCCCUCUGCUUGAGAAGUAACUAGGUACUGAGAGUACAAACACUCCCACUUUAUAAUGAGGGUGUCAUGUCACCCCUUCCUUUACAGGUCCUGGGGUCCAGGACACCCAGAAUGAAGGUGUUAGUUGGGCAUGAAGUGUUAUUUAAUGUCUGUUCUUGAUCCUUCUGAGCACCUACAGCUGGAAACUAAACAGAUACUGGUCCUGCAUUCUGACUGAGAUUUUGUCUUCUUUAUGAGGAUAGAUCAAAUUGGCAGUCAGGCCCAUGAUAGUCAGUGCAGUUGGGGCAGUUGUAGACUUUGCUACAGGAUUUCAGGGUUUCCAAUCACCCCACAGGUAAGUAAAUGCCAAAGUCUUCUUUUUUCAGACCAUACAAGAAGUCAUUUUGAUUUUCAAAGAAGCCAUAUUGAUUUUCAAAGAAGCAGGUUCUGGUGACAUUAUUUUCUUCCUUGGACAAAGUGGGGGAAAGUUUCUAAGUAUUUUAACUGAGUUCAGAGUCCUUAGUGAGCCUGGACAGAGCAAGGAGAGGUCUCCCCACUCCCUAAGCCCCACAGCCAGCUCUGCAUCACCACACACAGCCAAAGCCGGUGAGGAGCUGCCUUCUUCCCCAUGUGACUUGCAAAGAGACUCAGGCAAGAAACCAGGGCUUCAAACUGCCAGUUCCCACGUGUGGAGCACUUGUGUUAGGAUCACUGAUUAUCUGACAAAGGCUGAUGCAGAAAAAAAUUGUAGGCCCAAGUGUCAAGAACCACACCAGAUUGGAGAUAGAAAAGAAUAGCUGAAAUUAUGUCAGUAGUGAAAUGUCACUCAAUUGACACCCCCCCAAAAAGAAAAGAAAUCUGUUUCUACAAAACAUUUCCAGAAACGUAUUUAUAGCAUGAAGAAAUACACACAUGGGUAGUGUGACCUGUUUGGAUGUAAUUACUGAAAAAUGGAAUGCUCUGAAUAGGCAUUCUCUGCAUUAAAGGUAUGGAAGGUGAUAGGGGUCAGAAUUUUAAAAUUUUAAUUUUGAAAAUGGUGACUCACCCCUCAUUUCCAGAGUGUAUGCAAUUGUGUCCUGCUUUGAUGACUGUUAGAGGAUGGCUAUGCAAAAGCAUAAUGAUUCAAGGAAACAAAGUACAGGUAGUUUUUGAGCUGACACCAGCAAAGGUACCAUAAGUCAAAAUAUUGGUUUUGGUGGAGAUGAUCGAUGUGUGUGUGUGAGAGAGAGCUAUGUUUCUGACCAAGGGCCUGAUGUUUGUUACAGAAAUGAUCCCAGAGACCUACAAGAUGUGGGAAUCAGCAUAACAGGGCAAUGCAGCAAUUAACCCCACUUUGUUUUCUGUAGUUCCUUUUUGUUUCAUUUUCUUCUGUCUCAUCGCGUUAGAAAAUUCCUCCCAGUCAGGAGUUGUCCAGUGCAGGACAGGGGACCCAAGGGUCUCAAGCCUGCAAGUCCAGAAGGUGACAAACCCAGGAGCACUGGGAGUUAAGCUUUCCUUGGGGAAGGAAGAGCCUUGAGGUCCAGCACACAGCCUGGCUCUAAAGGCACGAAGCGACCUGCCCACCGCACAGUCCACUUCACAGGAUCAGCUGAAUCAUGACCUUUAAAAGUUCCAAGUUGAACCUGAAGGCUGAAGGCUGUCCUCAGACCUGGCUUUUUCCUCAGUCCCUGUUCAUACCAUCUCUGCACCCCCAAUCACACUGAUUUUUCAAAUUCAUUUUGUUUUUACUGUUUCAUUUCUGGUGUUAAUAAAAGUCUUAUAAGGAG